GGUGAGUUUUUUUUAUAUUUUUGUUGGUUUGUUAUGUUAUUUUAAAUGUCACUGUUAUGAAAGAAAGGAAAUUUUUGGUGAAGUUGAGUUUAUUUGGCUAUAGAGGUCGGAAGUGGAAGAGUCGGAGUACUAUUCAGAGGAAUUGGUCCGUGCCCCUGAUCCAGUUGAAGUUCUCCAUGUUGAUGGUGAAGGGAGCAAUGUAGGCGAGGAAGGGAGUGAGGGAUUCGAAGGGGACGAAGGUUUUGAAGAAGAGUCAGAGAUACAUGAUGAAUUUGGGGAUGGGUUCUAUGACAACUGGGAAGAAAGAGCAAUUAAUGAAAUUGCUGAUCUAGGUUGUAUGAAUUUGAAGGAAAUCACAGUGGAAGAGAUUAAAAGUCUCCAUUUUCCAGAUCGGGAAGUCGCAUUUUUAUUCUACAACUUAUAUGCAAAAAUGAAUGGGUUUGCCGCUCGAAGGUAUAGGUCUCGGCGUAAUCUAAAUAAUGAGUUGAUACAACAAUCUUUUGUAUGCUUCAGGCAGGGCUUUCGGAAGGCAAGAAUUUGUGAUGGAGUCGAAGUUGCUGAUUGGAAACGGGAGCCGAAGCCAGAGACUAGGUGUGGCUGUGAGGCAGAAAUGCGCGUCCAUAUCGACAAGGAUACGGGCAGAUGGAUUGUAACAUACUUCCAGGAAGUUCAUAAUCACAAGAUGCUUGAGGACACACUUACUUUCAUGCUUCCAGGACAUAGAAGGAUGAACUCGGCAGCAAUUGAUCAAAUGAAUAUGAUGUUAAAAGUCGGCAUCAAGACCCCACAGAUUUAUGCAUCGUUUGUGCAGACAGCAGGUGGGUGUGAAAAUGUUCCGUUUUUGAAGAGAGACAUGUACAACAGAAUUGACAAGCAACGGAGGAUUAUUGGUGGGGAUGCAAGUGCGUGCCUGAAGUUGUUGCAACGUAUGGAAGUAGAAAAUCCAGGAAUGUUUGUUAGACACCUAGCGGACAAAGAUGGUCGUUUGGUGCAUUUAUUUUGGUGUGAUAACUGCAGUCAACUAGAUUAUGAAAUAUUUGGGGAUGUAUUAGCAUUUGAUGCGACAUAUCGCAAGAAUAAGUACAUGUGUCCGCUAGUGGUUUUCUCAGGGGUUAAUCAUCACAAUCAAACAAUCGUGUUUGCCGCUGCCCUUGUUGCGAAUGAGACAGAGGAAACAUAUAAGUGGCUAUUGCAGCAAUUUUUGGAAGGCAUGAAGGGCAAGGCACCCGAAUGUGUCAUCACUGAUGGUCAUGGAGCCAUGAAGAAAGCAAUUGAAUCAGUUUUUCCAAAUUCGUAUCAUCGUCUGUGUGCAUGGCACUUACUCCGAAAUGCAACCUCAAACAUAAGCAAUCCUGUGUUUACAUCUGAAUUCAAGAAAUGCAUGUUAUUUGACUAUGAAGUGGCAGAGUUCGAACAGCACUGGAAUAAUGUGGUUUCUGAGCUAGGCCUACAAGAUAAUCCCUGGGUGUGUGAUCUAUAUGCUAGAAGACAUAUGUGGGCAACUGCACACAUCCGUGGUAAUUUCUUUGGGGGCUUCCGAACCACGUCAAGAUGUGAGGGGCUUCACUCUAUGCUCGGCAAGUUUGUGCAUUCCCGGCACAACUUAAAAGACUUUGUUGAGCAAUUCUUUCGAUGUAUUAGUCAAAUGAGGUCCCGGGAAGCAUUCUCUGACUUACAAUCCACUGUUGGGGAUAUGGUACUACAAAGCCCUCUACGAUCGCUUGAAAGGUCUGCGGCAAGUGUACUGACAAGAGAGAUAUUUCUUAUUUUCCGACCAAUGCUUUCACGGGCUUGCACGUUAAAGGUAAGGUCGUGUACAUUCACAGCAUGUUCAGAUAUCUACUCCCUAUUCCGGUCUGGAGAUUCUGCCCGAGAGUGGCGCGUUUCACAUUAUCGAAAUGGGUCAUUCUUCAAGUGUUCGUGCAUGAGGAUGGAGACCCUUGGGAUUCCUUGUGACCACAUUAUAGCAGUAUUUCAUCACCUUGAUAUCACUGAAAUGCCUGCGAGUGUAAUAUUGGAGAGGUGGUCAAAAGAUGCCCGUUCGAGGGUAAGGGCUUUCAUGGAAAAGGGACCGUUUUGCUGGGAUUCAAUGGUUACCUGCCGCAAUUGGAUGUUGAAUGACCUAUGCAGGGAGUUGUGUGUGCUUGCUUCUGCACAAGUGGAUGAUUUUGUGGACGUCACUGGUAAAUUGAGAAAUGAAAUUUUGCACUUGAAAAGCAAGAGAGUUUCUCCAAUUGGGGAAGGAACUGAUCCUCUGGUGUCAUCUACUCUUGAGGAUUGUGUAAGGGAUCCACAGGUUCUACGUCACCACAAGCGCCGUAAAUUUGGUGUGGGUAGGCAGCCAUCUAGCAAGGGUAUAAAGAGAUGUGGAAUUUGCCGCGCGGUUGGCCAUAACCGAUUAUCUUGUUCACAAAGGCAUACACACGGGCAAGGACACACUGCUGUUGAUAGUGGUACCCAACGGAGGGCUGUUUAUGAAGAGGCUGAUUAUGGUGACUAUGAAGAUUCAUGGGAAGAGUGCCACCUUUGGAGCGGUCACGAUGCUAGCGAGAACCAUGAAGACGAAUCUUGCGAGGAAGACCAUUACUUGGAUGUAUCUUUGUCGGAGCCAUGAUCGUUUUGCAUGACUUGUGGAAGCAAGUGUGUUUGAGUUGUGUUUUACCUUUAUAACAGAUUAAUGAUUUAAGUCUAAGCAAGUGUGUUUGAGUUAUGUUUUACCUUUCUAACAAAUUAAUGAAUUAAGUCUAAUGGUGUGCCUGUGCUGUUUUAUUUUUGUUGGCUAGAUUAAUUACUUAAUUGUGAUGUGCACAAUGCACAAAUCAGCAGGUUGCCAAAUCAUAUAUGUAAGUGAAGGGAUUGUGUAUGUAGCUUUCACGGUUUAUAAUUGAUGGUAGUUUUCA